AACGUUUAAAAAUGUGUAUCGUGUGGGUUGAAACAGCGCAUGCUCAUAGUUGAGCUGACCGGAAGUCUUUAUUCUCCUACGAAAAAUGAUUAUUAUUCAAAUAUUACUACAUUCUGGCGUGAUCACAGUGUUUCUUUCGCGUUUUUAGUACUCAUGAAGCAGCGAGCAGUUCGUUUGCUUGUAUGUAACACACUAACGCAUUCAUCUUAGCCGCCUAAAUCAACAAUCAUGCCAGGCUUUGAGCUGGAGCAGGUGGACGGUGGGAAUCCUGUGGAUCUGCCCUAUGGAGAGACCGUCCUGGGCAGAGGGCCAUUUCUUGGGGUGAAUGAUAAGAGGGUUUCCAGGAACCAUGGCAUCCUUGAGAACCAGAGUGGUGUGCUGCGCCUGAAGCCUACACACCUGAACCCUUGUUUCAUUCAGACAAACAUCAUAGCGCCGCCUCAGCCGCUGGAGAAGGACCAGUGGCACUGCCUGAAGGAUGGAGACAUCUUUUCUCUAAUGCCUGGAAAAUACAUUUACAGAGUCCACAUUAAAGAAGACGAUCAAACCCUCAGGAACAGUCAGGCAUUUGGAGAGGAUGUGGAGGUGGAGAAGUGUUUGUCUGAAGACACACUCGAGGCCAGCAGCUGCACACACUCCAACCUGAGACACACACAUGCAGAAGAUGAAGGACCCGCUGGUUCUUCACACACUCUUGCCUCUCUAAAUGAGGCACCAUCCAAGAGCCCUCAGGACAAGUCCACUCUGCCCCUGAGGAAGCGUGUUUUGCCAGCCUGGAUGACGGCUUCAGCUGCAGCCAGUCCAUCGCCUGCCAAAGCCAAAGCAACCCCUACAAAAGCCAAACGGGUUGCGACACCCAAGCGGGCAACUGGACCAAAACGGACUCGAACCGCAGCGAUGUCAUCCGAGGAAGAGGAGCUGGAGGACAAAACGCCCAAGAGGAAAACAAAAAGACUGAAGAGCGACUCUGAAGAGGAGUCCAUGCCACCUCUGGAUGAUGCAACGGCUCCCAGUGGAGCGUCUUCAGUCCCGGACGGAGCGAACGGCAGCGGAGUGAUGGAGCGUAAUGAUGAGGACCGGAGAGGAGGUGGCAGGAGAGCCCAGGUCAGACCAGGAGAUCAAAACUCCAAGACUCAGACUGAAGAUCGCAGUGAUUCUCAGGUCAGCCGGGGACACUCGCAGAGGUCAGAGAUCGCAGAGACAGAGAACAAAACAAGCAGGAGUGAAGUGAAGAAACCACGGCGGACAGCCUGUCCUUAUGGCAGCUCCUGCUACAGGAAGAAUCCGCUUCACUUUCAAGAGUGCAGUCAUCCCGGAGACAGCGACUAUGAGGAGGAGGAAGCAGAUGAAGAUGAUGAUCGGCCUGAGUGUCCGUACGGCACCCACUGCUACAGGAAGAAUCCACUUCACAAGAAAGAGUACAAACACACAAAGUCACCACGUGAGUAUUUUUAAAAGUGAUUUUAGAAAGUUAGAUGACACACUGUAAUGUUGGGUGGACAAAAGCACAUGAAUUAGCAUGUUGCUAGUAUGUUUUUUGUACUUUAGCAUAUUGUUAACAUUAAUUAGCAUGUUUUUAGCAUAGAAUAAAUGAACAUGACGCUAGUAUUUUUUAAUUAAUUAGUUUCUAUUAUAAAUUAACAGUUUCU